CUAAUUUACCUCGUGACCAUGCAAAUUCGUUUGACAUGAAACGAGGCUCAAGCUCCAUAUACUAUAAAGUUUUACAUCUUUGGUAUAGUCGAAAGACUUUAGCUUGUCUGCCGACUGGAUAGCGAAGGAAUAUUAAAAAAAAACUAAAUGUUUAGAUUUUUUAAGUUUCCCACAUGACUUAGGAAUGUUGUUUGGAGUUUCACCUGUUUCAGACAUUAAUUAAAGUUUUUGUGUGUUUCUCCUGUUAAAAUUUAACUUUAAAUAGAAUCAUUUUACUGACGUCCAAAAUGCCAAAGUUAGAUGAAAAGCCUCGGGUUUUCCUAGAAGAAUUUCGUGUUAAGAACGCUGCUGAAGAUUACGGACUAGCUGAUGAUAAAUGGGACUUUAGUAAGUUUAAAGAAAGGUUUCGAAUUGUCAUUGUUAAAAUGGAUAAUUUAGAAAUGGAAUUUGAUUUAAUUGGUAUACAACCAGCAUUUGCAAAUGCUUUCCGUAGAAUUAUGAUAAGCGAAGUCCCUAGUAUGGCUAUAGAAAAAGUGAUGAUUAAAAAUAAUACAUCAAUAAUUCAAGAUGAAAUAUUAGCCCAUAGAUUAGGCUUAAUACCUCUUAAAGCUGACCCAAGACUAUUUGAAUAUCGUCCUGAAGGUGCAACUGAAGGGACUGAGUUUGAUACAUUAGAAUUUUCGUUGAAAGUAAAAUGCACUCUCAAUAAGACACAAACAAAAGACUCAUUCAGGCCUGAAGAUUUAUAUGAAAACCAUAGUGUUUAUUCAUCACAAAUGAAAUGGCUGUCUAUAGGAAAUCAAGGUUCUGUUCACAAAGACAGUGAUGUUGGGCCUGUACAUGGGGAUAUAUUGAUAUCAAAAAUGAGACCAGGACAUGAGUUAGAUCUUCAUCUUGUUGCGAUUAAGGGUAUUGGAAGGGAUCAUGCUAAAUUCUCUCCAGUUGCUACAGCAACAUACAGAUUACUUCCAGAAAUAACCUUAACACAGGAGGUGAAUGGUAGUGAUGCAACGCUACUACAAAGUUGUUUUUCACCUGGAGUUAUAGGAAUUGAUUCUAAUGGUUGUGCAUUUGUAAAGGAUGCUCGAUAUGAUAGUUGUAGUAGAAAUGUGUACAGAUAUGACUCUAUUAAAGAUUCUGUAAUAUUAAGCAGAAUUAGGGAUCAUUUCAUAUUCAAUGUUGAAUCCGUUGGAGCAAUGGCACCUCAUGUUAUCUUUACUGAAUCAAUUAAAAUACUAAGAGAUAAAUGUAAAACAUUAUUGGAUGAAUUAUCCAAUUUUUAAUUAUUAAAUUUUUAAAAAUAUA